AUGGCGUGGAAAACACUUCCCAUUUACCUGUUGUUGCUGCUGUCUGUUUUCGUGAUUCAGCAAGUUUCUUCUCAAGAUUUAUCAAGCUGUGCAGGGAGAUGUGGGGAAGGGUAUUCUAGAGAUGCCACCUGCAACUGUGAUUAUAACUGUCAACACUACAUGGAGUGCUGUCCUGAUUUCAAGAGAGUCUGCACUGUGGAGCUUUCCUGUAAAGGCCGCUGCUUUGAGUCCUUCGAGAGAGGGAGGGAGUGUGACUGCGACGCCCAGUGUAAGAAGUAUGACAAGUGCUGUCCUGAUUAUGAGAGUUUCUGUGCAGAAGUGCAUAAUCCCACAUCACCACCAUCUUCAAAGAAAGCACCACCACCUUCAAGAUCAUCUCAAACCACCAAAUCAACAACCAAACGUUCACCCAAACCACCAAACAAGAAGAAGACUAAGAAAGUUGUAGAAUCAGAGGAAAUAACAGAAGAACAUUCUGUUUCUGAAAAUCAAGAGUCCUCCUCCUCCUCCUCCUCUUCCUCUUCUUCUUCAACAAUUCGGAAAAUCAAGUCUUCCAAAAAUUCAGCUGCUAAUAGAGAAUUACAGAAGAAACUCAAAGUAAAAGAUAACAAGAAGAACAGAACUAAAAAGAAACCUACCCCCAAACCACCAGUUGUAGAUGAAGCUGGAAGUGGAUUGGACAAUGGUGACUUCAAGGUCACAACUCCUGACAUGUCUACCACCCAAAACAAUAAAGUCACCACAUCUCCCAAGAUCACAACAGCAAAACCAAUAAAUCCCAGACCCAGUCUUCCACCUAAUUCUGAUACAUCUAAAGAGAUGUCUUUGACAGCGAAUAAAGAGACAACAGUUGAAACUAAAGAAACUACUACAACAAAUAAACAGACUUCAACUGAUGGAAAAGAGACUACUUCUGCUAAAGAGACACAAAGUGUAGAGAAAACAUCUGCUAAAGAUUUAGCACCUACAUCUAAAGUGCCGGCUAAACCUACACCCAAAGCUGAAACUACAACCAAAGGCCCUGCUUUCACCACUCCCAAGGAACCCACGCCCACCACUCCCAAGGAGCCUACAUCUACCACGCCCAAAUUGCCUGUACCCACCACAACCAAGUCUGCACCCACCACUCCCAAGGAUCCUGCACCCACCACUCCCAAGGAGCCUUCACCCACCACUCCCAAGGAGCCUGCAUCCACCACCACCAAGUCUGCACCCACUACUCCCAAGGAGCCUGCCCCAACCACCCCCAAGGAGCCUGCACCCACCACUCCCAAGGAGCCUGCACCCACCACUCCCAAGGAGCCUGCAUCUACCACUCCCAAAGAGCCUGCACCCACCACCACCAAGUCUGCACCCACUACUCCCAAGGAGCCUGCCCCAACCACCCCCAAGGAGCCUGCACCCACCACUCCCAAGGAGCCUGCACCCACCACUCCCAAGGAGCCUGCAUCUACCACUCCCAAAGAGCCUGCACCCACCACCACCAAGUCUGCACCCACUACUCCCAAGGAGCCUGCCCCAACUACCCCCAAGGAGCCUGUACCCACCACCACCAAGAAGCCUGCACCCACUACUCCCAAAAAGCCUGCACCAACUACCCCCAAGGAGCCUUUACCCACUACUCCCAAGGAACUUUCACCCACCACCACCAAGGAGCCUUCACCCACUACUCCCAAGGAGCCUUCACCCACCACCCCCAAGGAGCCUUCACCCACCACCCCCAAGGAGCCUGCACCCACCACUCCCAAGGAGCCUGCACCCACCACUCCCAAGAAGCUCGCACCCACCACCCCCAAGGAGCCUGCACCCACCACCCCCAAGAAGCUCACACCCACCACCCCCAAGAAGCUCGCACCCACCACCCCUGAGGAGCCUGCACCCACCACCCCUGAGGAGCCCUCACCCACCACCCCUGAGGAGCCCGCACCCACCACCCCUGAGGAGCCCGCACCCACCACCCCUGAGGAACCCGCUCCCACCACUCCCAAGGCACCGGCUCCCACCAUCCCUAAGGAGCCUGUUCCAACUACCCCUAAGGAGCCUGCUCCUACUACCCCUAAGGAGACUGCUCCAACUACCCCUAAGGAGACUGCUCCAACUACCCCUAAGGGGACUCCUCCAACUACCCUCGAGGAACCUGCACCCACUACUCCCAAGAAGCCUGCCCCCAAGGAGCUUGCACCCACCACCACCAAGGAGCCCACAUCCACCACCUCUGACAAGCCCGCUCCAACUACCCCUAAGGAGACUGCUCCAACUACCCCCAAGGAGCCUAAACCCACUACCCCCAAGAAGCCUGCUCCAACUACUCCUGAGACACCUCCUCCAACCACUUCAGAGGUCUCUACUCCAACUACCACCAAGGAGCCUCCCACUAGCCACAAAAGCCCUGAUGAAUCAACUCCUGAGCUUUCUGCUGAACCCACACCAAAGACUCUUGAAAACAGUCCCAAGGAACCUGGUGUACCUACAACUAAGACUCCUGCAGUGAUUAAACCUGAAAUGACUACAAUAGCUAAAGACAAGACAACAGAAAGAGACAUACGUACUACACCUGAAACUACAACUGCUGCACCUAAGAUGACAAAAGAGACAGCAACUACAACAGAAAAAACUACCGAAUCCAAAAUAACAACUACGACCACACAAGUAACAUCUACCACAACUCAAGAUACCACAACAUUCAAAAUUAGGACUCUUAAAACUACUCUUGCACCCAAAGUAACUACUACAACAAAAAAGACAAUUACUACAACUGAGAUUAUGAACAAACCUGAAGAAACAGCUAAACCAAAAGACAGAGCUACUAAUUCUAAAGCGACAACUCCUAAACCUCAAAAGCCAACCAAAGCACCCAAAAAACCCACUUCUACCAAAAAGCCAAAAACAACGCCUAGAGUGAGAAAACCAAAGACAACACCAACUCCCCGCAAGACAACAUCAACAAUGCCAGAAUUGAACCCUACCACAAGAGUAGCAGAAGCCAUGCUCCAGACCACCACCAGACCUAACCAAACUCCAAACUCCAAACUAGUUGAAGUAAAUCCAAAGAAUGAAGAUGCAGGCGGUGCUGAAGGAGAAACACCUCAUGUGCUUCCCAGGCCCCAUGUGUUCAUGCCUGAAGUUACUCCCGACAUGGAUUACUUACCGAGAGUACCCAAUCAAGGCAUUAUCAUCAAUCCCAUGCUUUCCGAUGAGACCAAUAUAUGCAAUGGUAAGCCAGUAGAUGGACUGACUACUUUGCGCAAUGGGACAUUAGUUGCAUUCCGAGGUCAUUAUUUCUGGAUGCUAAGCCCAUUCAGUCCACCAUCUCCAGCUCGCAGAAUUACUGAAGUUUGGGGUAUUCCUUCCCCCAUUGAUACUGUUUUUACUAGGUGCAACUGUGAAAGAAAAACUUUCUUCUUUAAGGAUUCUCAGUACUGGCGUUUUACCAAUGAUAUAAAAGAUGCAGGGUACCCCAAACCAAUUUUCAAAGGAUUUGGAGGACUAACUGGACAAAUAGUGGCAGCGCUUUCAAUAGCUAAAUACAAGAACUGGCCUGAAUCUGUGUAUUUUUUCAAGAGAGGUGGCAGCAUUCAGCAGUAUAUUUAUAAACAGGAACCUGUACAGAAGUGCCCUGGAAGAAGGCCUGCUCUAAAUUAUCCAGUGUAUGGAGAAAUGACACAGGUUAGGAGACGUCGCUUUGAACGUGCUAUAGGACCUUCUCAAACACACACCGUCAGAAUUCACUAUUCACCCGCCAGACUGGCUUACCAAGACAAAGGUGUCCUUCAUAAUGAAGUUAAAGUGAGUAUACUGUGGAGAGGACUUCCAAAUGUGGUCACCUCAGCUAUAUCACUGCCCAACAUCAGAAAACCUGAUGGCUAUGAUUACUAUGCCUUUUCUAAAGAUCAAUAUUAUAACAUUGAUGUGCCUAGUAGAACAGCAAGAGCAAUUACUACUCGUUCUGGGCAGACCUUAUCCAAAGUCUGGUACAACUGUCCUUAGACUGAUAAGCAAAGGAGGAGUCAACUAAUGAAGAAAAGAAUAAUAAAUUUUGACACUGAAAAACAUUUUAUUAAUAAAGAAUAUUGACAUGAGUA